AUGUACAAUAGAAUCCUUAAAGCAGCUGCCAAACCUUUGGAAACCCCGGAGGUGACCGAAAUCCUUGAAAAACAGUUAGCAGGAUGGUGUCUUAGGUCCCAUAAUGAUGUGCCUGCGAUCGAAACAUCUAUCAAGCUUAAAGAUUUUGAGACCACCAGUUCUUUCAUCAAUCAAGUCAAUUUGAGGUCACAUCUCUUAGGUCACCACCCUACUAUUCAAUACACCUACAAUAACGUGAAGAUUAUCUUGCAAACACAUGAUGCAAAUGCCGUUACCGAUGUUGACAUCACUAUGGCAAAGAAGAUCAAUAGCUACAUUAAAAGAUACCAAUAA